CCGCCCCCCUCCUUGUGAAGCCAAUUGGACGUACGUCGCCUGUAAACUUAACGCCCAUAUUUACCUUUCAGCACCGCGACAUCCCGCCAAGCCUGCCGGAUUCAAGCCUGAUGAAACGAUCGGCUCUAUAUGGCGGCCUCGAAGCAGGCUGGUGGGCAUGACUGCAUAACACAGCCUCGAGACCACCGAUGGUGUGAACCUGCCCUCGGGUUAUGCAGCCGCUCCAACGCGGAAAAGGCUCCUUGCUAGGCUGACUCUCAAAUUACUUCGUCCUGGAUCGGUGCGGUCCGCACGAUAAGAUGCCUCGCCAUGCCCACGUCGCAAACCGAGUGCGAUCCCGCAGCUAGCACUUCCAGAAAAGGAACGUCAGCAACCGAUAGCCAAUCAUGAGCUCGACCACGCCGUUGCCCGUUACUCCCCCGCGCGCACAUCGUCGGGGUUCUGAGGUCAGAGACCUAGAGGCCGGAGUGGCCGCAGAGGCAAACCCCAACCGGGGACCCGCGAUAAAUGCAACUCCGGUUGCGACCGCCCUGUCGGCCACUGAGACCAACCCGUUUCUCCAGUCGGGGGUCCGGGACAGGAUUCUUAUGCUUUCCUCUCGUCGGCCGAAGAAUCAAGCCAAGGAACGCCGGGACCGAGUCGAAACAGCGCUCGAACCCCUCUGCGACACGGCCCCCUUCGUCCUGAUGUGUACCGGCGACCCGGAGAGUGCCGUGGUCGUGCCGGUGGCCAUCGGCGAGAACGCCGAUGCGGUGGACCAGUGGACCGCCAUCCAAAAUACCUCACGGAAGUACGUGUCGCGUUGGAGAUCAUGGGUUAGCCCUGCGAGGCUUGAGUUGGUGACUAUCCGGAUCGUCGGCCCGCAUGAAACGCGUGCGAAGGCAUUCCAGGGAAUCUUCGAGCCCGCGGACGUUGCGGCUCGCCUGUCGCUGCUUCGAAAAGAGGCGAGCGAGCUUCGGUCGUACAUUACAGGGCCUACAGAGUUGGAUGAGGAUUUUGAGACCCGAUGCUGGCAUGACACAAGCAGUGACCGCGUUAACCACUCGCAUUUCUGCGACGAUGCUGUCGACAUUGUCGAGGGCGACGAUUGGUAUUGCAAGGUACAAUACCAGCGGGACAGACUAGAAGAAAUCUCAAAGCUGGAAUUGAUACCAACUUGGCCCAUGUUCCUCGCGGAACCAAGCUUAGCGUGGGGGAAUGACCUUCUACUGGAGGACUGGAUAUACCAUUCCACCACGACCAUCAUCCCUUCGCGAAAAAGAAAAGUCAUACAUAGCGUGGCGCAGAUAGAGUUCACAGGCUUCCGUCUCUCAGAGUGGCCUUACGGGAGACAGAACGUGGUUCCUCGCCCCUCCGUCGUCGGGGGUAUCGUCACAUUCUGCGUCAUCAUCUUUGUGGCCCGCGUAAUACAUGGGGACUGGGGCGUAGCUUACACCGCAGGAGCCUUCUUCGUAGCGUUGGCGGGUGUGUUUUCCACUUGGGUUGCUGGGCAGUCGAGCAACCCUGACCGCUGAGUCGUCUUUGUCGCUCGCUACAUCAUUCUAGGGGGUGCAUGAUGAGACAGGAAGUAGCCAUGUUUCUCCGCUCGGGGGUCCGACUUCGUGUGAGGCCAGUUGACGGCGCAGUCAUAAUUAUCUAGUAUCUAACGAAGAAGAUUGAACCCCACCAGAUUCGCAGCACUCGGA